GUUCUCUCUCUCCCCCUCUCCUCCCUCUCUCGAUGGCACUAAACGACGCCGCCUCCAGCGCAGCCGAGUGGAGCAUGUUCGACGGGCGAAGCGUCCAGCGGACGCCGUCCCUCGCCCCGGCCGUGUCCGGCGCUGCGUCAGAGUCGAUCGUGGUCACGGCCGCAUCGAGCCAGACGUCCGGCGGCGGCACCGCGCGACCAGGUACGGAGGGUCGAGUGGCGCGGCCGCCCCGGCGGCGGCCGAGGCCCUCCCGAAGAGCUCCGGUCACCUUGCUCAACACCAACACCGACAACUUCCGGGCCAUGGUGCAGCGGUUCACCGGGUUCCCGUCCGGGCCGGACUCUUCCGGCUACCGUCCCGGUUCAGGCCUCAGCUUCGGCGAUCCGCCGAUGGCCAUGGCGCCGCUGGGCCACUUCCACCAUCCUCAGUACGUCGCGCAGCAAAACCAACCUCAUCGCCAUCGUUAUCAUCAACAACAGCAGCAAUAUCAGUAUCAGGAGUCGACGACGACUGGUGGACUCGACAGGAGGGGCAACAGCAGCCACAACGAUGCGUUUCCUCUUCAGGGGCUUCACGACUCCAGCGCUAGUUUGGAGAUGGCUGAUGUCUUCUUGUUUGGCGGCACCAUAAGGCCGACCUCCACUAACAGUAGGGUUGAUGGUUAGUAGUCUUGAGGGAUCAGAGAGAAAGAGAGGGAGGCAUUCAUGCACGCAUGUAAGUACAGUUUCCAUCACGUUUCGCUCUCUCUCCCGAAUGGACAAUGGAAACGCAUCAACUACGUUUGCUUUGACCGCAUGCGUCGAUCAAAAUCUUUGUUCAGAACAGUGAACACUCCAUUAACACAAAACCUUCUUCUUCUUCUUCUUCUUCUUCA